AUGCCUCCGAGGAAGAAAUCCAAUUCCUCGUCCAAGAAAUCGAUCCACAACCAGCAGAGCUCCCAGCCUGCCAAGUUCGGGAUUCAGCAUUUCUUCGGCCGGCACACUCAGAACUCUAUCACCCAGAAUCCUAAGACCUUCCCGGUUAAGCGACCAGCCGAUUCGGAAUCUGAAAACCCUACCUCGAAACCAGCGGAUUCAGUUUAUGGGUCGAUUCCGGGGGAGACUGAUCACGUUAAUGCAUUUUCGGCGUCCGAAAACUCUAAACUUGCGGCUCCAAUCGACUCACAUUGUUCUGAUCGGGGGUGCGCCCAUUUAGCUGUUCAGAAGACCGAGAGUGAUUGGAGUUCUAGAGGCAUAGCCCCGGUCUCGGUGCCCCAGAAGGGCAAUAAUGAGUUGGCCGCUGGGAUGGGUAGUCUUUCGCAGAGUACUCCUCCCGAUAAUAUUCUGCCGGUUGUUGUUGAUGCUAAGGAAAAUCAAUCUGAGGUGUCGCCUGAAGUUUGCAAGGGCGUCAUGGUCAAGCGUUUCAAGUUUUCGCCAGGAAUGCUGAUAAAGCAGAGCCAGGAUGAUGGAGGUGAUGAGGUGACCUGGAAAAUUUCUCCAGUUAAUGAUAGACUUCAAGCAGUAUCAAAGCGCAUACCGGAGAUGGUCAAGGUGUUGGCAAGUUCUUCAAGGCUCAACUCUUUGGAUUUCCAUCUUUGCCAAGAGAAUAAGGGCCCUUGCAGAUCACCUGGUAAGCUUGAGAAGUGGCUCUCUUCACCUCCACUGAGGCCUGCAGAGAAAUCAUUGAUAUUCUCAAAUAGGUUUAGCUUGAAAAAAGUUGAUACACAUAAGGAUGUAGAUUAUCAUCGAAGCCAAGGAAAUGUGAAUGAUAACAACUUUUGUGUAACUAACACCCAGAGUCCUUUCAGGACCCCACCGUCUCUUUCAUAUUCCCAUGAUAGACCUAAUGUUGUUGUUACUCCCAAUGGAGUAACUGAUCAACUGGGUUCAAGGCAACACAAAAAGGCAUUGCUUGAACUUUUAGAUCAAGUGGAAGAUGUAAUUUCUGUUGAUGAAUCAGUUUGUAAGGGUGCAGCUGCAUGCUUGUCUGAAGUUCAAAACUUAAGUGGCGAUGAUAGAUCUAUCAAAACUGUUGCUUCUUUGAAGGACCUGGAGACUAAUCAGUUGGGAAAUGUCAAGAAGGAAGCUACCAAUCUUUAUUUCCUUGUUCUGGAGGUUUCUGAAAAGUGUGGAGUUGUUAGUUCUGCUAGUUCUCAAACUUUUAAGGUACUGCGUUUAUUGAAUGAACAAAGUGGAGAAGAGCAGGCGGUUCAUUUGUGGGAUGAGUGGUUAUAUACUGUUGUUGCACCUGGGGACACAGUUCAUGUCAUAGGUGAAUUUGAUGACCAAAGAAAGUGUGAUGUGAAUCAUGAGAAGAAUUUUCUAAUUGUUCACCCAGAUAUUUUGGUGUCUGGAACCAGGGUGGCUGCAAGUUUCAGUUGCUCAAGGCGAACUGUUCUAGAUGAGAGGGUAAAAUGUACUGAACAAUCAGCUGCGGCAUUGAUGGGCACGCUGCUGCACCAAAUUUUUCAGGCUGGAUUAUUGAGGGAAGUUCUGACAAAGGACUUCUUGGAGGAAUAUGCAAAAAUUGUGCUCCAGAAAAAUAUUCAGAGCUUGUAUGCAUGUGGAGUAAAUGAAAAUGAAGUUCACAAGAUUUUGAAUGAAGCAAUGCCAAAACUAUUCAAUUGGAUACUGCUCUUCAGAGAAUCAGAGGACUCAAAAAGUCCUAGUGUUGAUUUUGGAUCUGAUAAUGGACCGAAAAAGGUUAAAGUAACUGAGGUAAUCGAUAUUGAAGAGAUGGCAUGGGCUCCAAAAUAUGGGCUGAAAGGGAUGAUUGAUGCAUCUCUUCGAGUCAAAGUCAGUUCAGGCAUGAACAAAGCUAAUGAAAUGAUAAUGCCUUUGGAAUUUAAAACCGGAAAAGGAACCAGCGGUCAGUCAGCCACGGAGCACAUUGCGCAAGUAAUGUUGUACACUCUCCUUAUGUCUGAGAGAUACCAGAGGACCAUAGAUUAUGGCCUUCUAUACUAUCUCCACACAAAUCAGACACAGGGAAUUGCGGUUCAAAGACCUAACUUGGUUGGGCUGAUCAUGCGUCGGAAUGAAUUGGCAACUGAGAUUCUAAAAGCAUCAAUGACUCAACAAUUGCCACCAAUGUUACAGAACCCAAGCAUAUGCAGAGGUUGCCGCCACUUAAAUUCUUGUUCUGUCUACCACAAGGUGCAUGGUGGAAGCAGAGAGGGUAGUGGAUUGGGGGACAUGUUCGACUCACUUGUUUGCCAUUUAACAAGUAAGCAUUGUGCUUUCCUUCACCAGUGGGAGCGAUUAGUUGACUUAGAAGCUAAGGAAUUGCAGAAUGUCAAGAAAGGCAUCUGGCAUUCUAGUUUGAGAAGUGAAAAAUCAACUGGUUCCCUAGGCUCUAUUGUUCUCGAUACUUCAGAUGAAUUACCACUAAAGAAGUGCUCCAAGGGUAACCGGUACAUUUAUCGAUUUGUGCGCCAAGAUUUGCUUCCACUUGAUGGUAAAGGGCAUCAUGGAGAUUCUCUGAGUUCUGUUUCUGCUGCUGCUGAUGACAUGAAUUGCACACUUAGGAGCGGAGACCGUGUGAUACUGAGCACAGAACUUGGCUGCCUGACAGUUGCGAGUGGGAUCCUAAUGGAUAUCAGUCGCUCCCAUGUAACUGUUUCCUUUUCAAAGCGCUUAAAGCUUCCAGGGGGUAGCCCUUCUUCUAGUGCUCAAGAUCUCCAUCGAGAAGUCUGGCGUAUUGAUAAGGAUGAAGUUAUGGCUUCAUUUCCCAUCAUGAGAUACAACCUUAUACAAGUUUUUCUACAAAACGAGCAUAGUUCUCAUCUAAGGAGGCUGAUUGUUGACCUUGAGGCCCCAAGAUUUGACAGUGGAUGUGUAUUCAGUCAAGACCCUGCAAUAUCAUAUAUCUGGUCCGAGAAAAUUUUGAACAAUGAUCAACGGAGAGCCAUAAUCAAGAUACUUACAGCAAAGGACUAUGCACUUAUUCUUGGAAUGCCUGGAACUGGAAAAACUUCCACUAUGGUGCAUGCAGUGAAGGCUUUGUUGAUGAGAGGUGCAUCCAUUUUGCUUACAUCCUACACAAACUCAGCUGUUGAUAAUUUGCUUAUCAAAUUGAAAGUUCAGGGCAUAGAUUUUGUUCGCAUUGGGAUAAAUGAUGCUGUUCACGAGGAAGUUCGGGAGCAUUGCUUUUCAGCAAUGGAUAUACAUAGUGUUGAAGACAUAAAAGUAAGACUAGACCAAGUUAAAGUUGUUGCAGUUACUUGUUUGGGGUCAACCAGUCCUUUGCUUGUCAAUAAGCGAUUUGAUAUAUGCAUCAUGGAUGAAGCAGGACAAACUACACUCCCUGUGUCCCUUGGGCCCCUUAUGUAUGCUUCAAAGUUUGUCCUUGUUGGAGACCAUUACCAACUGCCACCACUUGUCCAGAGCACUGAAGCUUUAGAGAAUGGAAUGGGUGUAAGCUUGUUCUGCAAGCUUUCAGAAGCUCAUCCACAGGCAAUUUCAGCAUUACAAAGCCAGUAUCGUAUGUGUGCAGGCAUCAUGGAACUAUCAAAUGCUUUGAUUUAUGGUAAUAGAUUGCGCUGUGGUUCCUCUGAGAUAGAGAAUGCCAAACUUAAGUACACCAGUUUGAACUAUGAAUCAUCAUGGCUAAAGGAGGUUUUGGAUCCACACCAACCAGUCAGAUUCAUUAACACAGAUAUGCUGCCUGCUCUUGAGGCAAAAGAUGGCAAGACUGUGAACAAUCCAACUGAGGCUAAAAUUAUUGCAGUAAUUACAGAGGAAUUGGUUAACAAAGGCAUUGAAGUGGAAGAUAUUGGCAUCAUCACACCCUAUAACUCUCAGGCAAAUCUCAUUCGAGGUGCUAUUUCCACUUCUGUGGAAAUACAUACAAUUGAUAAAUACCAGGGAAGGGAUAAGGACUGCAUCCUGGUCUCAUUUGUGAGAUCAAAUGAAAGUGGUCGUAGCUGCAUUUCUUCACUACUCGGAGAUUGGCACAGGAUCAAUGUUGCUUUGACACGUGCCAAGAAGAAGUUGAUAAUGGUGGGGUCGCGCAGUACACUUUCGAGGGUUCCACUGCUAAAACUUCUUGUUGAGAAGGUUGAGGAGCAAUCAGGCAUUUUGAGUGUGUCCAACAAGGAUAUCAUCUUCAUCAACCGCAGGUGGGAGCUAAAGAGAUGCUCCCAAGGCCACAUACCCAUCUAGAAGUAGAAACUUGGGCACUUUUUCCUUCUUUUGUAUGUACAAAUUUUGUAGUGUUUUUUUAAGAGUCCAGUCCAGUAAAGUGUAUAUAAAAAUUUCCAAAAAAUUACAAUUAAAUGUUCACGGUGAUUGGGAAUUUUGUAAAUUAAUCAAAAUUCAAGCAUUAAGAAUGUCAUCUAAGGGGCAGGAAUGGCAUGGCUGUGUUUGUAAACUAUGCUGAGGCAGGACCAUGGAAACACACGUUGCCCUGAUUCUGUAAUCAAGAUUUUUUAAGUCAAUAAAAAUGUCAAUAAACUAUAAGAAUCAGACACCA